AUGAGAGACGAUGCAGAGUACUAUCUGACCGUCCCCAACCACUCCUGGGACGAAGUGGUGGCUGACACAGAAUCGGACUGGGCCCCCACGUGUGACGGUGCAAGUCUCAACAGCUCCCAGGUCAACAUCAUGGGCAUCCACACGGUCCCGGGCAGCCCCAACACGCUCCACCGCACGGUGGCCACCAACACGCCGCCAAGCCCUGCACUCCAGAGAUGCCUGGGUCAAGCCAGCCCCUCGCUGGCGAGACACCCGCCCCCGGGCGGCGUCCCGUCCAGCCCCCUGAUCUCCAGAGAACAAGUCAUCAGCCUGUUGAAGGACCGGGAGCCCGGCGCCUUCAUCAUCAGAGACAGCCACUCCUUCCGUGGCACCCACGGCCUGGCCAUGAAGGUGGCGUGCCUGCCGCCGACGGUCCAGCAGAACAAGAAAGUCGGAGACAUGACGAACGAACUGAUCGAAACGAGCGCCAAAGGCCUGAAGGGCUGCCCCAACGAACCCAACUUCAGGUGCCUCUCGGCCCUGGUGUACCAACACUCCAUGACCCCGCUGGCCCUGCCCUGCAAGCUGAUGAUCCCCACCAAAGACCCAAACGAAGAAGCACUGGAGUUGGCCACGCCCACUGAUCCCGUCCUGGAGCUUGUCAAGCAGGGAGCAGCGUACAACGUCCUCCACAUCAACUCGGUGGACAUGGAGUCUCUGACGGGGCCUCAGGCCGUGGCCAAGGCCAUCAGCCAGACGCUGGCCAGCAACCCGCUGCCCGCCGCCACCACCGUGCACUUCAGAGUGUCGGCGCAGGGCAUCACGCUCACCGACAGCCAGAGGAAGAUUUUCUUCAGACGGCAUUAUCCCAUCAGCACGGUCACUUUCUGCGACGUCGAUCCCAAGGACAGGAAAUGGGGUAAAGAAGGAGGCGGCUCAGUGAGGCUUUACGGAUUCGUGGCCCGGAAACAAGGAAGCUCAACAGACAACGUGAGCCACCUGUUCGCCGAGCUGGACCCCGACCAGCCUGCCUCCGCCAUCGUCAGCUUCGUCUCCAAGGGUACGGUGCACAGCUACCGGGAGGCAUUCGAGGACAGCGAGGCAGACCGACUCGCCAACAGCCCCACGUUUGAUGGCGGUGAUCAGGCGGGGCUUGGGUAG